CACGUGGGCCUGACAGCUGGGGAGGGGGUGGCUGGGGACUAUGUGGUCCUGAGGUGGUCAGCUCCCGGAGCUGCGGCGCCGAGACCCCCGGCUGCUCCACCCGCGCCUGCUGCCUGCGCUGCUCUGCUGGCCCCACCAUGUUCUCCAGGAAGAAGCGCGAACUCAUGAAAACCCCUUCGAUCUCGAAAAAGAACCGGGCGGGAAGCCCCAGCCCGCAGCCCUCGGGAGAGCUGCCCAGGAAAGAUGGGGCGGAUGCUCUGUACCAGGGACCCAGCCUGGAGCCACUGAGUGUGACCUCCAACACCAAGGCCACAGGCACGCUCAAGAGGCCCACCAGCCUGAGCCGCCAUGCCAGCGCUGCCGGCUUCCCGCUGCCCGGUGCCACUUCCUGGACGCUUGGCCGGAGCCACCGAAGCCCCCUGACAGCCGCCAGCCCCGCGGAACCACCCGUUGAGGGGCCCUGGCCCGAUGCCGUGGAGGACAUCUCCCAGCUCCUGGUUGAUGUGGCCCGCUUCGCCGAGGGCCUGGAGAAGCUCAAGGAGUAUGUUCUACGUGAUGACCUCCUGGAGGCCCGCCGGCCGCUGGCCCAUGAGUGCCUGGGCGAGGCCUUACGAGUGAUGCGCCAGGUCAUCUGCAAGUACCCACUGCUGAACACUGUGGAAACGCUCACAGCUGCGGGCACCCUCAUUGCCAAGGUCAAAGCCUUCCAUUACGAGUGCAACAAUGAGGCAGACAAGCAGGAGUUUGAGAAGGCCUUGGAGACCAUUGCCGUCUCCUUCAGCAGCACGGUGUCUGAGUUCCUCAUGGGUGAAGUGGACAGCAGCACCCUCCUGUCAGUGCCCCCCGGGGACUCGAGCCAGUCCAUGGAGAACCUGUACGGACAGGGCAGUGAGGGCGCCCUCCCUUGCGCCGAGGACUGUGAUGCUGGUGAGUCUCUGAGCCACACACGCUGGGCGGGCAUGUGCUUGAUUGGUGGGUGGAGGGGCAGAGGACUGGGACUGAGGGUGUGCUGGAGGGUGGAGCCCGGGCUGAGAGGCCACUCUGCAGGCUGCCUGCUGCCCGAGGAGGUGGACAUGCUGCUGCAACGCUGUGAGGGAGGCGUAGAUGUGGCCCUGAACUAUGCUAAGAACAUGGCGAAGUACAUGAAGGACCUCAUUGGCUACCUGGAGAAGCGGACUGCCCUGGAGAUGGACUUUGCCAAAGGCCUGCAGAAGAUUGUCCACAACUGCAGACAGAGCGUCAUGCAGGAGCCCCACAUGCCCCUCCUGUCCAUCUACUCGCUGGCCCUGGAGCAGGACCUGGAGUUCGGCCACGGCUUGGUGCAGGCAGUGAUCACGCUGCAGACCCAGACCUUCAUGCAGCCCCUGAACCUGCGGCGGCUUGAGCACGAGAAGCGCAGGAAGGAAAUCAAGGAGUCCUGGCACCGUGCCCAGAGAAAGCUGCAAGAGGCAGAGUCCAACCUUCGCAAGGCCAAACAGGGCUACGUGCAGCGCUGUGAGGACCAUGACAAGGCCCGCCUGCUGGUGGCCAAGACGGAGGAGGAGCAGGUGGGCACUGGGCCUGGAGCAGGGGGCACUGUCUCCAAGGCCCUGGACAAGCGGCGGCGCUUGGAAGAGGAGGCCAAGAACAAGGCAGAGGAAGCCAUGGCCACAUACCGCACAUGUGUGGCGGAUGCCAAGACACAGAAGCAGGAGCUGGAGGACACCAAGGUGACGGCGCUUCGACAGAUCCAGGAGGUCAUCCGGCAGAGUGACCAGACCAUCAAGUCGGCGACCAUCUCCUACUACCAGAUGAUGCACAUGCAGACCGCCCCGCUGCCUGUGCACUUCCAGAUGCUGUGUGAGAGCAGCAAGCUCUAUGAUCCGGGCCAGCAGUACGCCUCCCACGUGCGCCAGUUGCAGCGUGAGGAGGAGCCCGAUGUGCACUAUGACUUUGAGCCUCAUGUCCCCACCAGCAACUGGUCCCCUGUCAUGCGUGCCCGAAAAGGCAGCUUCAAUGUUGGUGACACUGCGGAGGCUGCUAGCGGCCCCCCUGAUGAAGGUGGGCCCAGCGAUGGGACGCUUGCCAAGGAGCGCAGGGGUGGGCGUGGACACCAGGUGCACAAGUCAUGGCCAACCUCCAUCCCAGACUCUGAUGGCAGUCUGGACCCCAGUCCUGGUUCAGGGGACUUUAAGAAGUUUGAACGGAUGUCGUCCAGCGGCACCAUGUCAUCCAGCGAGGAGCUGGUGGACCAGGAGGGCAGUGCAGGGGCAUCAGCCUUUGAGCAGGCUGACCUCAACGGCAUGACCCCUGAGCUUCCAGUGGCUGUGCCCAGUGGGCCCUUCCGCCACAUGGGACUUUCCAAGGCAGCCCGAACUCACAGGCUCCGAAAGCUCCGUUCCCCAGCCAAGUGCCGGGAGUGCAACAGCUAUGUCUACUUCCAUGGCGCUGAGUGCGAGGAGUGCUGCCUGGCCUGCCACAAGAAGUGUCUGGAGACCCUGGCCAUCCAGUGUGGACACAAGAAGCUUCAGGGCCGCCUGCAGCUCUUUGGCCAGGACUUUGGCCAGGCAGCCCGUGCCACUCCCGAUGGCGUGCCCUUCAUUGUCAAGAAGUGUGUUUGUGAGAUCGAGCGGCGGGCUCUGCGCACGAAGGGCAUAUACCGGGUGAAUGGGGUGAAGACGCGUGUGGAGAAGCUGUGCCAGGCCUUUGAAAACGGCAAGGAGCUGGUGGAGCUGUCACAGGCCUCGCCUCACGACAUCAGCAAUGUCCUUAAACUCUACCUGCGCCAGCUGCCUGAGCCACUCAUCUCCUUCCGCCUCUACCAUGAGCUUGUGGGGCUGGCCAAGGACAGUCUGAAGGCAGAGGCUGAAGCGAAGGCAGCGUCCCGGAAUUGUCCGGAUGUGGCUGAGAGCGAGGCUGUGGCCAUGGCUAUGGUAGGCCGGUUGCGGGAGCUCCUGCGUGACCUGCCAUCCGAGAACAAGGCCUCACUGCAGUACCUGCUGCAGCACCUGCGCAGGAUUGUGGAGGUAGAGCAGGACAACAAGAUGACCCCCGGGAAUCUCGGCAUUGUGUUCGGGCCUACGCUGCUGCGGCCACGGCCCACAGAGGCCACCGUGUCCCUCUCCUCCCUGGUCGAUUACCCCCACCAGGCCCGCAUCGUGGAGACCCUCAUCACCCACUAUGACCUGAUUUUCGAGGAAAAGCCUGAGGAGAACAGGGGACAGUAUGGGAUGCCAACCCAGCGGGCUGAGGUGUUGCUCCAGGUACCCUACUCGGAGACCAACGAGGAGGCUGCCUUCCCCCCGCAGGAAGAAGCUGAGGACGGAGGCCCAGACCUACCAGAAUCCCAUGUUGCCUCCAACGACUCUGACUCAGAACUGGAGGAGGCCCCAGAGCUGCUGUCCCCGGCAGAGGGGGAAGCCUUGCACCGCCUCAGCUUCUUGGAGAAGCAGGGCAGUGAGGCCAGCGUGGAGGACAGCGGCAGUGAGGAGCAGCUGGGACCCUCAGCUGGGGAGGAUGGUGACUGGGAGGGGCUGUCCCAGUACAACACCAACCAGUCCAACAAUGUAGCUGAGAGUCUGCUGCCCGCCAUGAAGCAUGGUGACAGGCAUGUCAUAGCAGGCACUGGCCCGGAGAGCAGGCCCGAGUUUGUCUAGCUGGGACCUCGGGUGGCCUGUGCUGUGGCUGAGGGCCGAGCACCACCCUGUUCCUGGCUCCUGUCACUGUGCAUGUCCCCAGGCCUGGCCAUACUGUGCCAGGCUCUGUGCCUAGGCUGCAAUGGCCCACAGUGGCGAGGGCAUCAACAGCCACCUUUUCCACAAGCUUCCAGGAGCAAGUCCAUGGUCCAUCCAGUGUCCCUUUGCAUGACCCGCUUGGCUGAGCUGGGGACUUUGCUCUCAGGAGUCACCAUGGGGCUUUGUGGACAGAGGAAUUGCCUGAGUGACCCCAGCAUUCUGCUCAGGGCUGGCCACUCCUUGGACCUGCCCUGACCUAUAACUUUUGGUUGCCGGGCUGUGGAAGGCCACUCUGACAGCCAGAUAAAUGUCAGGGACCAGAUGGCAGAAUUGGGUUUGGACAUCUGGGGUUUAGGUACAUGAGGGGAUCUCCCUUCACAUGUGUACAUAUUUUGCUUAAAAUAAAGUUGCCCAGCUGGUGUGGCUCAGUGGUUGAGUGUUGACCCAUGAACCAGGAGGCCACAUUUCAAUUUCUGGUCAGGGCACAUGCCCAGAUUGUGGGCUCAAUUCCCAGUAGGGAGCAUGUAGGAGGCAGCCGAUAGAUGUUUAUCUCUCAUUGAUGUUUCUCUCUCUCCCUCUCUCAAAUAAAAAAAAUGUAUAUUUUAAAAAACAUUUAAAAUAAAGUUGUUAAUCUGAAUGGCAACUUGGGGGACGGGACACGGGGUUCCUUUGCUUCCUCGCUGGGGAGGGUGUGAGGAAGGAAAGUCUACCCCAAAUGGCCCAGUGAGGUGUGUGAGCCCAGGGAGCCUUUGAGGUAAGCUGUGCAAACAUGUACAUGUUAGAUAACCACCUCAAUAAACGCUGCAUCAGCACUAUCCAGUAGAACCUUCCAGAAGACAAAAAACACUCUUCAUCUGUGCUGUUCAAGUACCAGCUGCAUUUCCUUUUUAAAAAAAUGUAUUGAAAAAAUUAAAAAUGGAACUCCCGUUUGACCCAGUGAUCCCACUUCUAGGAAUAUAUCCCAAGAAACUAGAAACACCAAUCAGGAAG